UCAUCAUGUUUCAAUAUGAGUCAUCCCUCUAAACAACUUUUCUGGCAUUAAUUUGUGAUCUUCCAAUGGCCACAUUCAUCUUUAGGUCUAACAUUGUUGGGUGGGUUUGUCUUCUGCUGAUGCUUCAAAAGGGUGCUUCCUAUGAUUUUGUAGUUGGUGGCCAAAAGGGUUGGACUGUUCCAAAUGAUCCCACUUUCAAUCCUUUCAAUCAAUGGGCAGAGAAGAGCCGUUUUCAAGUUGGAGACUCUCUUGUGUUCAACUACCAAUCUGGGCAAGACUCGGUGCUGUACGUAAAGAGGGAAGACUAUGAGAGCUGCAACACCGAUUCAGCUUAUGCAAAAUUCUCUGAUGGCCACACAGUGUUCAAGCUAAACCAAUCAGGGCCUCACUUUUUCAUAAGUGGAAGCAAAGACAAUUGCCUGAAAAAUGAGAAGUUAACAGUGAUUGUGCUUGCUGAAAGGAACAAAAACAGCAAUGCAUCUCCACCUUCACCACAAUCAUCAUCUUCAUCACCACCACCAACUACUGGGCAAGAGGGUCAGUCUCCAACUUCAGACACAAACCAAACACCAAGCCCUGUCACUGAACCUCCUCCUCCCAAUGCUGCUGCUUCACCCUUUCUCUCUCUUGCUGCUUCUGUUGGACCAUUCAUGGCUUCACUCAUCAUGCUUUUAUCUUUCUAACAAUUUAUGAGUGUGCUUCAGUAUUCAUUUCAUUUUUUCUUUUUCUUUUUCAUACUAUUCUUUUAUAUUUUUCAUUUUUCUUUUCUUUGUUUCCUAUGCUUUGAGUUAAGAACUACUGAACUUGCUGCUCUUUGGUUCAAGGUUGGGAUCAUGUUUGAUAUUUAUUUGUGAAGAUUGAAUAAUAAUAAUAAUAAUAAUAAUAAA